AUGAGUGUGUUACCAGCAGAUGCCAACGCUGUCUUGACACAUUUACUCGAAAAUUUGUUGUCAACAGACACUAGCUCACGUGUAAAUGCAGAAAAAUCACUCGAUCAGGAGUGGUCGACCAAACAGAAUGUGGAACUUUUGUUAGUUUUCUUAGCCGAGCAGGCAACAGCGGGAGCCAAUGACACCGUCAGGGCGUUCUCGGCUGUUAUGUUUAGACGGAUGGCCAUUAAAUCGCCAAAGGAAUUAUCUAGCGUGACUGAUAGGACGAUAGGAGUAAUUGGAGAUCCAGCUAAACAACAAAUUAGAGCAAUUUUGUUGCAUGGGUUUUCAGCCCCACAAUCGAAUCAAAUCAGACAUAAGUUGGCCGAUGCCAUUUCCGAAGUGUCAAAGGACGACUGUUCGCCUCCAGGCACUUGGAACGAGUUGGUCCCUGCUUUGUUCCAAGCAUCCAAAAACCAAGACCCAAGUUUCCGUGAGUCUGCAUUUAGAGUGUUUUCUGCAUCGCCUGAAUUGGUCGAUCAGUCAUUUAUAAAUGAGGUCUUGCCUAUCUACACUGCCGGUUUUGAUGACGAAAACGAUAAUGUCCGUAUUGCGGCAUGCUCUGCUUUUGUUGCCUUUUUCAGGGAGUUGCCAAAGAACGUAUGGCCUAGUUUGUCCCCAUUGUUACCAAAUUUGCUCAAUUCUUUACCAAGAUUUUUGCAAAGUGGGCAAGACGAAGCAUUGGGAUCUGUCUUACUAUCGUUGGUUGACUUAGUGGAGCUUGCCCCCAAAAUGUUUAAAGAUAUGUUCCCUACAAUAAUAGACUUUUGUGCAAUGGUGUCCAAAAAUAAAGAUUUAGAGUCUUCGACCAGAAUGGCAUCGUUGGAGCUCCUCACAACUUUUGCCGAAGUUUCACCAGCCAUGUGUAAGCGCACUCCAUCAUACACUGAACAAAUUGUGCUUAUUACUUUGUCGAUGUUGACCGAGGUUUGCAUUGACGACGAUGAUGCCGCGGACUGGAACAAUAAAGAUGACACAGAAGACGACGAGGAGGAGCUGGAGUACGAUGCAGCUAGGCAAUCAUUGGAUCGAGUAAGCUUGAGGCUCAAUGGACAAUCUUUGGCUGGUCCAUUAUUCCAGUAUUUGCCCACCAUGAUGCAAUCUCAAAACUGGAGGGAACGCCAAGCUGCUUUGAUGGCAUUAUCUUCGGCAGCUGAGGGGUGCUCUGAUGUCUUGAUGCUUGAAAUUCCAAGGAUAUUGGACAUGGUUUUACCCACUUUGAAUGACGACCAUUCAAGAGUACAAUACGCUUGUUGUAAUGCAUUGGGCCAAAUGUCAACCGACUUUUCUGAUUUAAUUCAAAGAACGUCUGGAAAUAGAAUAUUGCCAGCUCUUAUAUCAAAAUUGACAAAUAAGUCAGUUCCUCGUGUACAGGCACAUGCAGCUGCCGCCUUGGUGAAUUUCUCAGAGGCCGCUACAAAGGAGAUUUUGGAGCCAUAUUUGGAUGAUUUGUUGAACAACUUGCUUGUUUUAUUACAAUCACCAAAGAGGUAUGUGCAGGAACAAGUAUUAACAACAAUUGCCAUAAUCGCCGAUGCUGCCGAAAAGACGUUUGUUAAGUACUAUGAUACCUUAAUGCCAUUAUUGGUUAAUGUGUUGAAGACAGAUAUGGGAGAUGAAAAUAGAUUGCUCAAGGCCAAAUGUAUUGAGUGCUCAACAUUGAUUGCAUUAGCUGUCGGAAAAGAAAAAUUUGAACCACAAAGUCACGACUUGAUUCAAUUGUUGGGUCACAUACAACAAACUGCCACUGCCGACGACGACCCAGUUAAACAAUACUUGGAACAAGCUUGGGGAAGAAUUUGCCGCAUUUUGGGUAAAGACUUUUUGCCUUACUUGCCAUCAGUGUUGCCUCCUUUAAUGGUCACUGCGAAAGCAUCUCAAGAUAUUUCUUUGUUGGAGGAAGAUGAGGCAGAGGAGUACAAUAAUAACGAAGAGUGGGAUGUCAUUAAUUUGUCAGGAAAAUGGAUUGCCGUUCACACUGCAGCUUUGGAUGAUAAGGUGACGGCGAUGGACUUGUUGAGAACAUAUGCAAUUCAGCUCAAGGAGGAUUUCUAUCCAUGGGUCAAAGAGAUUGCUGAAGACAUUGCCUUGCCUGGAUUAGACUUUUACCUUCACGACGGAGUACGUGGCUCUGCUGCAUUGACCUUGGCCUCCUUGUUGAAAUGUACAGUAGCAGCAACCGGAAAGGACUCGCAAGAUACAUUGCUUCUUUGGUCGAAAAUUGCCGACAAGUUGGCUGAGGUUUUGAAAUCAGAGCCGGUCCCCGAAUUGCUUGUUGCUUAUUAUACUGCUUUGGUUGAAUCCAUCAAUGCUUUGGCACCAAACUCAAUUUCUGCACCGCAAUUGCAAGCAUUUGCCGUAUCGAUCAAUGCCAACAUGGUUGAGAUUUAUGAAAGAAUAAAGGCUCGCGAUAACGAAGAUGAUGAAUACACCGAAGAUGUCGAGGAAGACGAAGAAGAAUAUACUGACGAAGAGUUGUUGGAUGAAAUAAAUAAAGCGAUUUCAGCAAUUUUCAGAAAUGUCAAAGCCAACGCUUUGGAGAAUUUCCAAGUACUCAUCGUCACUGUAUCGACAUUUAUCAACGAGGAAAACACCAGUUUGAAACUUUGUGGGUUAUGCAUCGUGUGUGAUAUUUUGGAGCACGGUGGACCACACUCUAUAGUUUUCAAAGAAUCAUUCCUCAAUGUGUUGGCUCAUUCACUUUCUUCUCCGCAUGCCGGAGUACGCCAAGCCAGUUCAUAUGCAGUUGGAGUUGCAGCUCAAUAUGGUGGUGAGGACUAUGGAGAAUUUUGCGUGCACUGUUUGCAGCCAAUGUUCAAGAUGUCGUCCGUACCAGAUGCUAAGGCCGACGAAAAUAUUCAUGCUACUGAGAAUGCAACAUCAGCAAUUGCUAAGGUAUUGCACACCUUUUCCUCAUCAAUACCUAACUUGGAUGCAUUAGUAGAUCAAUGGAUCAAUCUUUUACCUAUUGUCCAAGAUGAUAAUGCUGCUGCUUUUGCUUAUGUAUUCCUUAGUAGUUUGAUUGAUAAUAAUCAUCCUGCUAUUGCCAAGAAUAUUUCAAAAGUAGUGGACUCGGUGAUACAGGCGUUGGCUAAUGCAUCAAUAGGCGGUAAUACCGCUCACAAAGUUGUGACUUCAACUAGGCAAUUAUUGGGUUCAAUCCCUCAUGAUAAGGCCAUUGCAUUACUUCAAGAGAAUCCAUCUAAUAUGGAUAUUGUUAAGGAGUACUUUAGUUAG